UCCUCUUCCCCAUACUAGUGUACUUGUGACCUCUUCUCUCUUGUUUUGAGAACUCAAAAACAUCUAAACUUAGAAACUGGAAUCCUUGCAUGUCUGUUGCUCAAUAAGCACUGUAUGAUUUAAGUAACAAAAGACUGAUAAUUCCUGCUCCCCAUGGUACAGUGGCCAUAGCUUAGUUAUUUUACCAUCAGAGUCGUAGGUGAAUGGAAGUCAUAAGUUUAUAUGCUUAUCUAUUCCACUGACUUGAUUACUCUGCAUCCAUCUAGUUAGGGCUUGCAUCACCCUACAAGGCUGGCAAAUAUUACUUUAGUAGACAGAGAAACUGAGGUACAAAGGUUCUGAUUUUGGCCAAAGGCAGUUCCUAAUUGAGCUGUGAUUUAUAUAUAAUCCCACUGCGUAAACCCAAGUGUUAUCUAGUAGGGUACAGCAGAGAGUAUGCUGGUCUCUGAUUUCUUAGUGACUGAAAAAGAUGAAAUGUUCUUGCUGGGUUCUUAGACUUAGCAGCAGAAUAUGGAGCUAUGAGUAUUUGUUAACUCUGCUUUGGAUCCUGAAUGUGAUCAUGCGGGGUAGGAUCAUUCCAAUUAUUCAGAAUGAUCCAAGAAGAGGAUGUUGGAUAACUGGCCUCCCUGAGCAUGUGCUGCCUGGGGAUUUUACUAAAUUCUUUUCAUUCCUAUUUUGACACUCUGCUUUUUAAAAAAGCUUAUGUGACAAGAGCCAAGUGGGAGGACCUAUUUUUAUACAGGCACAUCCUUAUAGUCUUACUCCCCUCAACAGCAGCUGUAAAUUCUGCAUGUGUUGUGGUCAUAGGCAAUUACACUCAGCAUUACUGGGUACCAGAACAUCUAAUUGAAAAUCCUUGUGCAUUAACUUACACCACCAUUUUAGGUCUAAACUUAGAAAGUUUAGCAUAUCGAAAACUGCAAGGAGACAGCAUGCCAAGCCGCUUGUAGCUUUGUUUUUUCAAUGUAGUAGUCUUCCCAAAGAGGAACAGCAACCCUAAUUGAGGAUAUUACAAAACUCCUUAAACCGCUGGAUCAAUAUUUUGGCUAUAUGUAGUAUUUCCAUAAAUGGUUUGUAUGGUGUAUCUUUAACAAACUUCUAGGGCACCAGUCUGCUUCCCCCUGCCAGAGUAUGUUCUCCUAGAACAGUCAUUUAGGCUGUAAACCUUGCAGGGGCAGGAACUAGCUCUUUAUGCCUGGACAGUAUCUAUCAUGUUGUUGAGACUGCAGGGGCAAUCUUGAACUAUUAGGGGAGCAUCAGUGUGAGCCAGAGGCUGACCUAAGAUGUGCUAUGGGCCUGGAAAUUUCAACUUGGUAGGUAAAGAGUAGCCCAAGGUGCUUAAAUAUAUGGAAACUGCUGCGUCACCUUGAGUCUCAUCACAAAUGAAGCAUGACCUUAUCUCAUUCAAUGUUUGCUGUAUGUUUGGGCCAAGCAAUAAAUCUUAUGUGCUCACGGGGCUACAAAAUUGCACUGUAGAUAUCUGGGCUAGGGCUGGUGACUAGGCUCUGGGAUUCCAUGAGGGAGGAGGGUCUUUAAUGGUGUCUUUGUUUUGGGGAAAGGAUCUGUCCCUUUCCUACCUGCCACACACACAAUUGUCCUUGGUUGCUUUAAUCUCCCUUUCAGCUUGGGGCCGCAUAUCAUGGCGCUACUGUCUAUUUCCUUUCUAGCACUUUCCCUCAAACCAAAGGGAGCGUCUUUCCCUGACAAUGAAGGCAGAAAGGUGAAAAAUGGAUUCAGAGAGGCAAGGUCAGAAGGAUGGGCUUUUCCAAAGUGCCUCUGGGCCUCUGCUCUCACGGCAGGCAGUGGGAGCUCUACACACACUUCAGUGGGAGCAGAGUCAGGACGGUGACAAGCACUUCCAGAAAUCCCACACUAACGCUCUAUGGCAGUUACCUAGUGUCCACAGCACACAAUAACUUCAAGGUUGUUUGUUAACACAGUGACACUCAGCGUUCUGGCUGGGGCCAGCUAAUGCAGACAGACCGCAGCCUUUCCUGCAGCUCUGCCAAAGCGCCUCCUGCCCUGCCAGCCCAGCUCCAAGUGCAGCUUUAGUUGUGCUGAGCGGUGUGGUGUUUGCUAAUGUGUCCACUAGGGACCAGGCUAUGACCACCCAACUCUCUCUCACUUCUGCCCAGAGCCAGAGAAAAGGCUGAUGCUGCCUCUCCUGCCAUCCAUCAGGCCCUGUAUCAUAUGUGUAUGACUAUAGAUUAGAAUGACUCUUUCCUGCCUAUCUCUGUUUCUCUUAGUAACCAGGUAACAGCAGCAGUGCCCUUCAUGGUGUACACUCCUAUUAAAACAGAGCCAUCUGAAAGACGAUCUGCCUGCAAAUGGCAUGGCUGAACCCUGUCCUGGAAAAAAAUUCCAAGGCUUUUACAACUACUACUAAGUAAAACAUUGUGGCUAUACCUAAAUAUGAACAGAACUCAUCCUCAGAGAAAUUUUGGUAGAAUCUCAUUUGAUUCAACAAAGUUCUCCCCUGAAGAAAGAGAUCGCUGCCAUGAAUGCAGGGCAUGUUUAAGUUGUACUCGAAGAUGCCUCUGUAUCUCCAUUAUUGCGCUGCUUGCACUCGGCGUCGUAGGUGCUGUCAUUGGUUUUGCCGUCACAUUUGGACUCCCACCACCCACUCCAGUGAACCGUUUCUGUGUGACUUCAGGUAACCAGACUGGCUUUUUAUGUGAUGACAGAGUGACUUGCCUUCCAGCCAGUAGGAUCUGCAACAGAAUCAGAGAGUGUGUUAAUGGAGAGGAUGAGCAGGAGAAAUUAUGUAAUGAUUUGCCCGGUAGCCUUCCAGGAUACUUGUUCUUCCGCUGCAGCAACCCUGUGUACUGGAUCUAUGCUGAUAAGAAGUGUAAUGGCGCAAAUGACUGUGGAGACUGUUCUGAUGAAAAGGGGGCCUUGGCUAGCUGCCCUCCUUGCGGGACUCAGUGGUGGAGCUGCACACCAGUGUUUUACAAGUAUUGCACCUGCAUUCCCAGGGCCCUCUGCCGAGACAGAAUCCAGCACUGCUCAGACUGGUCCGAUGAGUAUGCCUGCAAUAGAUGAAGUACCUAGAGCCAAGAGCACUUAGGAGCAGGACCUCUUCACAAUCCCCAAGCAGAAAACCCAGUGCUCUGUGGCAGAAACCAGAUGCCUAAAUGAAUGACCACAGCUACCAAGCAGAACACAGAAAUAGCUACAAUUUCAAACAGAGGGAAAGGCAGAGAGGAGAAACCCACCUUACAAAACCACUUUGCCUGCAAAGCCAUUCAGCAACAACCUACUAAAGGCUAUCUUUCUGUCAGGCUUCCAGACUGGUCCCUCAGGUGGAGUAUUGUUUGUUUUGCCUGUAUUAUGUGUCUGAGUUGGAUGGUCAGUUUAUGAUGGUAGGAACCUUAUCUUCCUUUGUUUGUACGUUGUUCAGCUAAUAAUAAGGGCCAGAACAGAGGGAGAAAUGGAAACAUGGAUUGAAGCAAGUUUGCCUUUGGGGUGUGUGUCAGCAUGCUGGGCAACAACAGCAGUGCCCACACUGAUCAUUAUAUCACCAAUUAAAUCACCUCAGGCUAAGCGGGGGGAUAGCUGUGCCUGUUUGACAGAUUAGAAUGGGCUGGGGAGAGGUAAAGCACUAAUUAACCCGAGGGAGUAGAACAAGACAGGAAGGAAGUGGCAAGGGGAGCCAGAGAGAGAGGCAGGCUGUGAGAGCCCAAGCCUGAGAGAGAUCUCCUCCCUUUCCUAGCCUUGGUAGCCUGAGGAAUUAUACAUUAUUGCACCUGUAAAGCUGAUGGGGGAACACGGUAAAUACACCAUGGGUGGUAUCUAUGAGCGGAGAGUCUCCAAGCAGCCUGAGUGUGCAGAGAAAGACAGGAGCGGAGGGGGGACGCUCUUACAUGUGGGGAUUUGUACAGAUAAGAUCCUGGACAGACAGAGAGCUUCCGGGGGAGGGGCUGAUGUGAAGGUUUGGCAGCCUGGAUAAUGGAGGAGAACCCGCAAUGGCUGGCGGAACAACAAAAGAGAAUGCAGAAGACCUUGCAAAGCUUCCAGUAGUGUCACCACCUGGAGAGGCAAGUGUUGCUCGCCUGGCAGGCAGAACAGCAAAAAAGCCUGUAUGACUUCAUCCAAGAGCAAACGACUGUGCAGCAGCAGUGAUGACAAAGGGUAGUGAGUCCCAUGGCAGGGAAUGGCAAACGGGUACAGGGACUGGCCUCUGUAAGAUAUGACCCCUAUGGAUGACCCCAAUGCAUUAAUUGGCACCUUUGGAAGGGUGGAUAUGAGCAAGCCUCAGACUACAAGAUGGUGAAGGCAGCCAUCUUGGAUUGGGUGGGCCUGUCUGCUGAAAAGUAUGGACAGAAGUUCUAAGCUGUGAGAUGGAUGGGCCAUCUGAUGUCUGAGACUGGACACCCAAACUGUGGGGGAGAUUAGGAAUGCUCUGAUUUUGGAGCCUCCCCGAGAGCAUGCAGGUCUGGCUCAGACAGGAUCAGCUAGGAACCUUGGAUGAAGCAGUUAAACUGACAGAGGAGUUUGGGGAAGCAGGCUUCCCCAGGAAAGAAGGCCGACCAUUUAGGGGAUCAGAUCCAGGGAAGAAGUGUGGGGAACCCCCUGCCUAGAAGUGUGUAGAGAAGAAGAGAGAAGAGCCCAGAGAAGCUCUGACAAGUACUCGUACGUUUACCUUUUACCAGAGUGGGCAGCGGGGACGCUUGAAAAGAGGCUGUCCAUACAUGGAAUGCGAGGUGUUUUGCCAAGGUCGGUGGUUGGGCUGGGAUUCUCAGGCAGGGGAAGAAAAUAAACUGUCAACCAUUUCUGUGAUGGUGGGGAGGAAGUGUUAAAGGGGCCUGGUAGACACAGCCCCACCUUGCUUUCUGGUCCAGCGGGCAUUGGUUAAACCCCACUGGAUGGUUCCAGGUAGUCUGAAAUUAGUGUGUGUCCAUAGGGAUAAAUAGCACUGCCCUGUGGCAGAGGUACCCCGGAGGUCCAUGGGAUGCUCACUUGGAAACAAGUAGGGGUAGUAGAUAGGUUACACCUCCCUGUUGUGUUGGGCACCAACUGGAGGCCCUUCUUUUUGGGAAGACAAGCUGGCAUUGGGGGG